CGAAGAAGAGUUUUCUUGAACAGCAGCAGAGCAAGGUGGAAAGCUUACCAGAUAAAGAUGAGAACAGUUACAAUCUUCGCCGUUGUACUAUUGGUGGCACUCGUCUCAGUGAACGAAUGCAAGCCCUUCGGCCGACACAGGCAAGGAAACAGACACGGUGAUCGUGAUCAAGACACUGACAGACCCCAGUGCCGUCGCCGAUGCCCCCGCCCAACCCCAGCCACCCGCGUCUGCGCUUCCAUCGGACUCCGUAACCUUACCUUCCCCUCUACCUGCUUUGUGGACAAGAUAGCUUGCCUCAAGGGGCGAAACAUCACCGUCAUCGGGGAGGGUCGUUGCCCCCGACUCUGCCCUGCCCUCCAAGUGGGGGGAGGAAAAGGAAGACAUGACCAAGAAAGUGAGAGCGAGGAAGAUAACAGCCUGGAGAGCGACGAGAUGGAGGAUGGAACAACAUCUGGUCUUGGUCCGGUCACUUCACCGUCGACCGAGCAACCACCGAGCGCCGGCACGACAAUGACGAAUGGUCCUGUCACCAACCCCAGCGUGUCAAGUGGGCCUACCAACCCGCCUACCAACCCACCUCCCGGUCCAUUCAGCUCUGAACCCACUCCCUCCUCCAACCCGAGUGCAUCUCCCACGGUCAACGGGCCCAGCACCACCUGUGUUACCGCCUGCCCCGUCGCGACUACCCCUGUCUGUGGCACCGACGGACAGACAUAUCCAUCGGCCUGUGUUCUGGAGGCAUACGCUUGCGCUAACGGUCUGGAUACCUUGACUGUGGCUAGUGAGGGGGCGUGUCCGCCUUAAGAGGAUUCAGUUCCCAAAAUUACAUGUAACUCAGUGUCCCAACCAACAGGAAUAAAUCCAUUAAGCCCUGCUUUUGAUGUUCUGCCCAACUGUAGCUGUCACUGCGCAACCAAACGUUUCAUCAAAUUUCAACUCCCUGCAUUUGCAUUGUAUUCGUCAAAGUUCCUCUUCACGCCAAUUUAAAACAAUGGUGAAGAGAGAAUAAUUGAUUGGAUGAUUGGACUUUACAUAAUUAUAUACACACGACUAACAUGAAAAGCGGGUCACACAAGUUCAAUAUUAAAACAUAAACUAUAUGUGAUCCACUCUGCAAAAAAGGCUCUUAAGUCAUGCUCUUCCUCUUUAUGUAACAGACCGUUCCAUACACCUGCCAGAGAUCAAGUCUAAAUUUUACUGUAUUUCGGAAAUUGAAUGUGCGACAGAGGUCAAAAAUGCAUAAAUUUAAUCCUUAUUACAUGCUUCUCUAUCCAUAGGCAUCACUUAAAAUCAGUUUGUCACACGAGAGCGCGAGGGCCAUUUUUUUCAGAGCCAGUCACAUAUCUCAUUAUGGGAAGGUAGUUUUUAUCUCUGGAUAUACUACCGAAGACGCCAAGACUAUAAAUGGCAAAAACUAAGGCAAGUGUAAGAUUUAAAACUGCCAGAUUAAUUAAACUCUUUAUUCAACAUCAGUUAUACUUCAGGCAAAUAAGUUUCAAUCAGUGGUAAUGAUUGGAAUUAUGUGAUCAUUUAAAUAACGUUAAAUGUAGACACAAAACUUUAAGCAAUUUGUACUAACUGUGCAAUGAAUGGUGUUUUAAAAGAGGUCCAAUUCAUUUAAUUCAACCAGUAUCCGAAUUUUUUAAAACAAUUUUAUCAAAAAGCUUCAAUGCUAAAUUAUUAAUUGCAAUUGCAGAAACUAGGGACAUGUUUACAUCAUUGUAAUAAAUAAUAAAUACCUUUAUUCUUAUUAAAAUCAA